GCAGUUUGCAGGAGCUGAUUGUGUCUCUUUGGCACGGGAGAACGACAUUCUGUUAAGUUAUACGCGGCUUAACACAAGUGAUCGUACUUGUUUUCCCUUAAUUAUUCCUCUUGCCAGCUGAUGUCACUCUUUACUAUACUUCACUUCCGCGGCUCUGCGACUCCCUCUCCUUCCUUCUCCACCUCCACCUCCCCCAUCACUUUAAACCCGGAUGGAUGACUUCACUUUUCCGCUUGGGUUUCCUUUAUGUUCUGGGGAUCUCCCAGCCUUUUCUGUCAUAAUCCUCUGAACAUUGACUGGAACACAGCGCACCACUCUCCGCUGCGCACGCAUCACCAUAGCCGGCCAGGCGCUCUCGGAGUUGGACCGGUCUCUCCGCUUGCAUUUCCAUCAUCAUCAUCAUCAUCAUCAUCAUCAUCAAGUCCACAGCACCGAAAACAGGAGAAUUGCAAUUAUUCCUGAGAUUCUUUCUUGCUUUCCUAAGGGCUACCACCGCUUCCCUUCCCUUCCCAGCAACUUGCUUUUCUGACUUGUAUCUACCUGUGCCGAGAUGUCCGAGGUCCUACCGUACAGUGAGGGCAAAAUGAAUGCCUACGGGGCAGAUGGCGAAGUCAGCCCGAUAUCCUUCAGCUGCCGACUGCAGGACACCAAUUCGUUUUUCGGGGCGUCGCAGACAAAACGACCCCCCAAACUUGGGGAAAUCGGCAGAGCAAAACAUGUGGUUAUCGAGGACGACCGAAUAGAUGAGGUCCUCAAGGGAAUGACAGACAAAUCGCCACCAGGCGUUUAAACCCCAGUCAUCCCACAUAUUUUUCAUUUAAAUCAUCGGCUGGAAGCAUUUGUCGGAUCCUGUGUUUUUGGGGAUUUUGAGAAAGCACGACAGCGGUGGAGACGAGGGAGGAGCAGAUGGAAGACAGCGCGGAGGGAGAGGGGGGCGAGGAGGAUGGAGGGAGUGAAGGGCUGCCGGCACUUCAUCACACGAGACCCAACCUGACGCCCCCCAGCCGGGGACAUAGCUGAUGUGCGCGGAUCCGUCGUCCCACCUCUGCCCGGCGGAGACGAAUGGACAUACCACUUCAUCACCACACUCUUCCAAAAACGGCACCUGGAGACAUACAGCAGUGUUCAGUCCAACCUGUACAGGUGUAUAGUAUGUAAAGGUGUGUCUGAAAGCUGACCACGUUUAACAAGCACAAGCGGCGACUUACGGAGCUGCUCGUCCCAGCACCGAGACAGUCGAAAACCAAGGCAAAAAAAAGAUUUGCAUCAUAAAGUCUACCCAAGGAUUAUGCGUUCUUUAUAUACAAGUAUCUUCCUUUUCAAAAAAAUAAGACCAAUCCAUUCGCUUUUUUUUUGCAAAGAAAUUUCCAUAUUUAUAUGGUUCACAUGAAAUGUAUUGGAAUAUAUUUAUUUCAUCCUCAGUAAAAUGGAUACACACAAUCACAACGAAUAAAGACUGCCGAGAGUCAUUGCUUUUAUAAUAGCGUAUCGUCUUCGCAUAAAAAGAAGUCGACGUUUUCCAUGUUUGCAUGAAGAUUCGUUUCGGGCUCUUGACGGGCGCAUCAGUAGCCCAUGUCUUGCUUAUUUUUUGACACAUUUCACAUUUGUAAUUUUUAUACCUAAUUUUAACAAAUUUGUUAGUAAUACUGAUACGUCGAUGUACCAUUUUGCGAUGUAUCCACAAGAGGAUGUUACGACUGACAUACAAGAAGUAUCAGAUUUUUAUUGACGGAAGUAUUUGCGUUUUUAGCUUACUAAUCGUGUUAUUUAUUUUCAAAUACAGACGUUAUAUUAUGCAGUGGUGCGACGUGUGGAUUUUUCAUGCAUACAUAAAUACAGUAUAUACACGUAACGUUUUUAUCUGAUUGAUUUCUACACAACACAGAAUAAUUAUCGUUUAUUCUGCAUGAUAUCUUAAUAUUUUCAAUACAUUUAUGAAGCAAAAAAAACCUAUUAAUGUCAUGACAUUCUAAGAAUGAGUCGUUGUGUGCUACGGUGCAAUGUUCACUGGAUUUGAUGACUGAAUAAAUGUCGAGACUCCGA